AACGCAGCGCAGCUAAGACCUCCGGCCUAGCGGAUACUCAUCAGUGCACUGUCCUCUUGCAGGCCCGUAAGGCGUGCAAUCUGAUCAAGGCGGGCUUCCCCCCCCGCCAACGCCAUUGUCUUGCUCGCCUCGCUUGCGCAGGCCACCCCAAUGAUCGACGAGGAGGGCAUGCUCUUCGUCACGCUGGCAAAGGGGGUCCCAGCGGGAGGGACGGCGCUGGACGAGGCAUUCCUUCGCCGAAUUGCAGCAAUGCGCUUCGGUGCCAUUCGCGGCAGCCGUCAACGCCGCAGGCGCCUCCGCUUCAAGAGCGUCGAGGAGCUUGCUGAUGCCAUCCGGCCGCAAUGCUUGCCGGGUGGUUACUACCGAGAUCCCUCCGGGGCAGUGCUGCCCCUCACGCUCGCUGACAUCGACCGCAUCGACUCGAACGGCUAUUAUGAGCAUGGAAAUGUGCGCCUCCUCCUCCACGGGCUCAAUAUGCUUCGCGGCAACGCGCAAGGCGACGCCCUUCUCGUGGAGACCCUCGCCAACCUCAAAAAGUGGUUUGACUUCUCCAUCCUCGACAGCUACGGCGACGUCGGCCUGCCUGGCGCCGGCACCGUGGCCGUAUUCUUCGCCGAAGCAGCGGUCGAGGAAGACGAGCUGGAGGCCUGGAACGAGGACGGCGAGGAUGAUGAGGACGAGGAGGAGGAUGACCAGGAGGGGGAGGAGGAUGACCAGGAGGGGCAAGAGAAGGACGAGCUCGAUGAUGAGGGCGAGCAGGCUGAGAAGGAAGAUGAGGAGGACGAGCUGCACAGUGAUUAGGUGAUGCAAGGCGAGGCCACAUAGAUUUCUUGUAUCCCGUCAUGUCUUACAUUCAUACCCUCAAUCAUCUCAUAUCCAAAUACGAUCGACCUUUUCUUCGAC